GCUUGGUGAAUGGUGUUGUGGUGGCGUUGGUGCUUGUGCAAAGUUAUAAUUUCCUAGAUUUUUGCUAUUCACACAACCAUAUUAAUUAAAUUUCGCUCCAAUUACAGAACCGAUUAUUAUCCAAUACUUUCUAUACAACCUAACAACACAAUGUCGGAAAAAGACAAAUCGAAAUCCAGCAACCAAACCAAGCACAUACCAAAAGACGCUCAAGUGAUCAUGUCCAUCAUGAAAGAAGUUGGCGUCACGGAUUACGAGCCUCGAGUCGUGAACCAGCUGUUAGAGUUCACUUAUCGAUACGUCACCUCCAUAUUGGACGAAGCGCGCGUUUUCGCGAACCACGCGAAGAAGAAGUCGAUAGAUAUAGAUGAUGUACGAUUGGCUGUGCAGCUGCAGUUGGAUAAGUCGUUUACGAAUCCACCGCCGCGAGAGGUGCUUCUGGAGAUCGCUAGAGUAAAGAAUGUCAAUCCUCUGCCUUUGAUAAAGCCGCAUUGUGGGCUGCGAUUGCCUCCUGACCGUUACUGCCUAUCAGCCUGCAACUACCGUCUCCGGCCAGCGUUCAAGAAAGUGGCUUCAAAGCCAGCCAUGGCUCCCACUCCCACCAUCAAGACUGUCACAUCUUCAAAGGGCGCGAGCCAGAAUGUGGUGGUGAAGCGGCCAAGUGGGGCUAUAGUAAAUGUGUCAUCGGCGAAGCCCAGUGUUGUGCCUAAGCCUGUGCUUAAGUUUACUUCAGGCAGUAAGGUGGUAGCAAAACCAGCAGUCCGUGUGACCGCUGGCCCGUCCACGCAGGGCCCCGUCAAGAUGGAGCUCGACGCCAUGGACUCCGGGCCCAUGAAGAGAAAGCGCGAAGACGAUGAUUACGACUUGUAGAUCUCUAACUCUCAUUUUAUGUGUAUUUAUGGAAUUGGCAUAUAAUUAACUUGCUAAAUAUGAAUUAAGUAUUGAUAUUUCGUUGAUUAUGAAUUUGGUUUUUUAUGGCUGUAAGAAUAAAUGCUAUUUGUCUGACAGA